CCCCGGGGGGCGCGACAUGGAGGCGGGCACGGGAGACUCGGGCGCGGGGGGCUCGGGCGCCCACCUGGCCGCGCUGGUGCUGGCCCGCGGCGGCAGCAAGGGGAUCCCGCUGAAGAACAUCAAGCUGCUGGCCGGGGUGCCGCUGAUCGGCUGGGUCCUGCGCGCCGCCAGCGACGCCGGCGUCUUCCACAGUAUAUGGGUUUCUACAGACCAUGAUGAAAUUGAGAAGGUUGCAAAGCAAUUUGGCGCUCAAGUUCAUCGCAGAAGCCCUGAAGUAUCUCAAGACUCCUCAACUUCUCUAGAAGCUAUCAGAGAGUUUCUUAAUCAUCAUCAUGAGGUUGAUAUUGUAGGAAAUAUUCAAGCAACAUCUCCCUGUUUACAUCCCAGUGAUCUUAUAAAAGUGGCAGAUCUGAUCCAGAAGGAGGGGUUUGAUUCUGUCUUCUCUGUUGUGAGACGGCAUCAAUUUAGAUGGAGCGAGGUAAAAAAAGGAGAAAACAAAAUGACAGAGCCACAAAACCUGAAUCCAGCAAAACGAUACCGGAGACAAGAUUGGCCUGGGGAGCUAUAUGAAAAUGGCUCAUUUUAUUUUGCCAAGAGACAUUUGAUUGAGAAAGGCUACUUGCAGGGUGGUAAAAUGGCCUACUAUGAAAUGCGAGCAGAGCACAGUGUGGAUAUUGAUAUAGACAUUGACUGGCCUAUUGCAGAGCAGAGAGUAUUGAGCUUUGGAUACUUUGGCAAAGAGCCAUUAAAAGAAGUGAAGCUGUUGGUUUGCAGUGUUGAUGGAUGCCUGACAAAUGGUCGCAUCUAUGUGACAGAAGAUCAGAAGGAAAUGGUAUCCUAUGAUUAUAGAGAUAUUGUUGGUAUUGAUCUACUAAAGAAAAGAGGAAUCCAGGUUCGGCUCAUCUCUGAAAGAGAUUGUUCAAAAACACUGUCAGCCAUGAAGCUUGGAUGUAUAGCAAAAGUUAGUGCAACAAAUAAGUUACAAGUCUUGGAGGACUGGCAAAAAGACAUGGGUUUGAGCUGGAAAGAAGUUGCCUACUUAGGAAAUGAAGAGUCUGAUGUGGAAUGCCUGAAGAAAGCUGGCAUGAGUGGUGUGCCUGCUGAUGCUUGUGCUGUUGCUCAGAAGGCUGCUGGCUACAUCUGUAAAAGCAGUGGUGGCUGUGGAGCUGUCCGGGAGUUUGCAGAACACAUAUUCCUGUUGUUAGAAAAAGUGAACUCUGCAAGAAAGCAAAUGCAAGAAGUGAAUGCAGCAGGAAAGGAAGUGCGAGGGAAAUGAGAACAGCAGGAGACGAGAUUAACUAGUGAAAGAAGAGUGACAGUUGGUCAAUUCUACUUUUUUCUUUACCUCUUCCUCUCUCAGUAAGUCUGCAACCGAAAAGAUGGCUAAUCUUUCAAGUUUUACAUUGCAGUAGAGUUUAAGGUCCCACUUUGAUUUAGUGCUGGUAUUCACGGUUGUAUGCUGAUAAUCCUGAUCAGGAUUAUUUUAAAAGCCAUUCAAGUGGAAUGGAAGGAAUACUACAAAAGGUAGUGUCUUGUAAAUCUACUCUUAAUCAUUACACCUGUCCUACAGGAAUGGUGUGUCUUUACUAAUCUGAAUAUCUUCAGGGAUCAAUGAUUUUGCAUGACUUGAGAAUUUGUAAUUCCAACUUAAAAAAAAAAAAUUCUGACAGUUUUGCUCAUAUGGUUUACAUUUCCCCUAUCAAAUGACAAUAUGACGUUGUAGUUGUGUCUUGGCUUUUUACAGUGUUCGUCCCUGAUAUGGAAGACUUUUAGCAUAUGCUGUAGAGAUUGGGUGUAAAUUAACUGUCAAACUUAUUUUUAUUUUAAAAGACAGCUCAGUUACUGUAAAGCCAGUUAAUAUUAGUGUUAGUUAAGAAAAGCACUUAAGCAUGUGUUCCGUUUUGAGCUCAUAAAUAAUUAAAUGGCACUUGGAAUUGUUCCUCUUCUCUUUGAAUCUGUUUAUAUUGGGUUUUAUUGAAGAGCUUAAAUUAACAUGCCCAAAUGGCUUGCCAACUUUGAGUUAAAUUUCUUAUUCCCUUUGAGAUAUUUCCUUUGCAGAAACUUCUUUUCUUUCUCUGAAGGCUUUAGUAGAUCACUAAUAAGUAAAAAGAAGGAAAAAAAAAAUGUAGUUUCUUGUAUGUGAAGUAACUGCUGCUAAAAAGCAAAACAAAACCAAAAAACAACCAAAAUGUAGCUGUUGAUUGUAGAUUUAUAUAAUAUAUAUAUUCAGACUAUUUUUAGCAUGUUAAUUUAAAGCUGGUGUGUGUGUAUGUAUGUAUGUUUGUAUUUAUGAAAACCACCAAUUUUACUGUGCCUUGAUUUAAAGAUCUCAGUAUCUGUAAAAAUGUCUAGAACUGACCUGAACGUAUGCAUCCAUUUUCAAUCCUACUAUUUAUCAGUGAGUUAAGAUCUGCCUUGGGUUGUGAUGAUAAAAUAAAAAGUACCUGUGGCACACAGGCGGGUUAUUACUGAGCUAAAUAAUAAUGGUUUGUGAUUUUAUUUUGUUUCUUUGCUAACUAGAUACUCCCAGUGUAAUAUCCUGGUAUGUUGCUCUCUGCUGAUUAACUUCAUGUUUACUUUCUUAAACAAAGCAAAAUUUGAAACUGAAGUUCUUUUACUGCCUAUCUGCAGUAGCAAGGUUAACAGGUGGAUUGUUCAUUGUACUAAUCAGCUCUAAAGUUAUCAUUUAAGUAUAUAUUUUCAGCGAGGUUUUAGAGUUCUGCACUAGAUGACCCCAUGGACUUUGCUAUCAGGAGAGCCACAUUUUGGACCGAACUAUGGACAUUGGUACAGAUAGAAUUAUUUUAGUAUAGACUAUGUGGUAAAGCUUCCAAAGUCCAGAUUGCAUGAACAAUUCAGGUUUGAUAAUGUCAUAUAGAAUUGGCCAAGUUUUUAGUUAUUUCACUUUGUCACCAUCAAGUAUCUUGCUGAUUUUGAUUUUAAGAACAGCUUCCUGUGAAUAGAUGGCUUUAAAAAAGCUGACUGUGAUAAACGUCAUUCCCAUUUCUUUUAUGUUAGAGAAAGCAAAAAGAUAAGUGCUAUUAUAAUAGAAGUAUGAAUUGGCAGUAGUUUUUGACAGAGUGCUCAAGAGCUCUUCUGAUGUUUCAGCUGCAUGUUAAAUGUGCCACAUCUACACAGGGUUUUGCCCAAAAUUUCUACAUGUAGAAAAAAUAAAUACAGAAACACUUUUUUAUGAGUGUUGGUAAUGGGCAGAAAUAAAUGGUAGCUAUCUAUGUUUUUACUUUGCCAAAUUAUUGUUUAGAAGACUGUGGUAUAAUCUUACAGGAAGAAUAUGAAGAAUAAAAGAGCUCUAGAGACUAUUUACAAAAUAAAGCCUGCUUGAGGAUAUGAGAGAUGCACAAUCUACCUGAAGGGUUCAUAUUUGUAUUGCCCACAUGGCGAGGGAAAGCCUAAUUAUAAACUAGAGUAGCAUAAGGGAUGUCUUAAUCACUCCUAUUGAUUUUGCGGAAGAUCCUCAGUGUGGUGAAGGAUUUAGAGAUCACAGAUGAGCAGAGGUAGUGAGGAUAACUCUAGCAGUCACCUUAAAGGCGAAAUUCCAGGUCCUGGACAAGCUGCAAAAGUGUAGUAGCUUUUGCCAGUGGCUCUUGUUUCAGUAAGUGUCGUGGUACCAUGAUUGCCUUUCAUUACAGAGGUGUAGUUCACUCGUACUAGAUUUCAGUGGUCAUUUUUGUUAUAGUAGGCUACUUUUGGAAUAAUAUCUUUUGGUCAUGUGAGCACUUGGGUUUUACUUUAAAUUGCCUUAUGUAUAUAUAUAUAUAUAUAAAAGAUCUUAGGUAACAUGAGCUGUUUGAACAUGAUUUUAUGAACUGUAAAAAGUAAACUAUGUAAUAAUUUAUAAUAAGGUAUUAUAAAAAAAAAUAAAAGAGGUAAUUGCCUGAAAUUUGAAAUAAAA